GAGGAGGAGUGGGGGGGGGUACAUGCAAUAGGAAGCGCGUUAUACACCACCGUACGGCAAUACUGAAGUGCUUGUCCGCUGCGGUGUUGAGCGGGGCGCGUUUGCUGGAGGCGGAGGAGCGAGCAGGCGCGUGUAGGAGGUGUUCGCUCCGUGUCGCCGUUCAAUUAUUCACAAGGCUUCGCGUCUCUCUUCUUUUUUAAUUUCCACACUGAAACAUAUCGACGAGAGGGCGCGUGGGUACGCCGAUUGUAAUAGCAGCGUGCAGGCUCGGUUGGAGGAGCAGGAAUAACAGCACAGCGUGUCUUUGGCUCAACAAAUAGGGCAACAUCCCUGACAUUUCUUAUCAUUAGCAAAUCACACGUAACAACAUCAGGCGCAGAGCAUUUAGACUCGUCUGCAGAAGAAUGAUUCGUUAAGAACCCGACAGAGGUUAAAGCCGGACAGCCCAGCCACGUUGCAGCAGCAGCAGCAGCAGCAGAAGCUCGGUCUUGUUUAUUGUUUACGUCGGUUUAGACACAAUUUUGUGUUGUUGCUAUCGCUUUGUGUAGCUGCGCAAGGCAACAACGAUUGUGUUACGAUGGCUGCGCGGCUCGCAUUCAUCGUCGUCGCCAUCGCCAGCACGUCGCUGAAGAUGCCAGGGCAAGCGGGCGGCAGCUUCUCGCGCUGGGAGCACGCUCGCGAGCGCUACAAGGUGCGGCAGCAUCGCGCCUCCGCCGACUGGACCUACGCAGGUACCACAGGCCCAGGCUACUGGCCAGAGUUGUACGAGGGCUGCAGAGGUGAGCGGCAGUCUCCCAUCGACAUUGCGAGCGAGAUGCAAGCGGAGGUCCUGUCUCCUGCCGACGGCCUGGAGUUCGAAGGCUGGGACGUCCCCUCGACAACCACCACCAUCAAACACGACGGCAAGACGGUGAUCGUGCACCUGUCGGGGGAUUACCACCUGCGGGGAGGCGGCCUGCGGGGCCGCUACCGCAUGGCGUGGCUCACCUUCCACUGGGGCCACUCCAACGGCACCGGGGGCUCCGAGCACCGUCUCUCGGGACGCUCCUUCCCCCUCGAAGUGCAGAUCUACGGCUACAGCCAGGAACACCACAGCAGCUUCGCCGCCGCGAUGAAGGCGGGCGGGAACAUGGCAGCCCUGUCCAUCCUCUUCGAGAUCGCAAAAGACAACAACAGCGCUUACAUCCCCCUGCUCGAGGCCGUCAAGAGAGUUUGCCAGCCGGACCUUCACGACAAGGUGAGCGCGUUCCGUCCCGCGGAUCUGCUUCCCGAGUCCACGGACGAAUUCUUCCGCUACUCGGGCACGACGACCACGCCGCCCUGCGCCCAGGGGGUGGAGUGGACCGUCUUCCCCCGGACGGUGCACAUCUCCGCUCACCAGCUGGAGGCGCUGUACGGCGUGCUCAUCAUGGAGCGCGCCGGCUACGCCAUGCUGCUCGAGUACCUGCAGGACAACUUCCGCCCGCCGCAGCCGCCGCCGUCUGGCGCCGACCUCGUCCGCUACCGCCUGGGGCCCGCGACGCCUCCCACCACCGAGGCACCGCCAGCGCAAGUGUGCGCCAACGAGCCACGCAACGUGACGGCCCGCGCUCACAACGAGACGACGGGCAUGGUGAUGUGGGAGCGGCCCGCCGCCGUCUACGCUGCCACCAUCGAGCGCUACGCCGUCACGUGCCGCAAAGAGGGUGGUGACUCCCCCGUGGAGCAGUUCCUCACCGAGGGGGAGCAGGACACGGGCGCCAUCCUCGGCGAGCUGCAGUGGGGCUCCGUGUACUGGGUGGAGGUGCAGGCCGUGUGUGCGGGGACCCACGCCGGGCCACCGAGCCCGCCCGUGCGCCUGGAGAUGAAAGAUAUUCAAGAGAGCGGCGUGGAAGGGGUCAUGGAGCUGCUGACCUACACCGAACGUGGCCACACCACGGAGAAGUUGUCGCAGAACACAGUGGGAGAGGUUAUGGAAACGUCUGCAGAGGAAGACCUAGAAACCGUGAGACCCGAAGUCCAUUUUGUUGUAAAAACGACCUCCGUGAACCGCAAGCUGAACCCCAUCCGUGGCGCCGCCGCCGCCAUCGCCACCUCCUCGCCAGCGCCGACGUCCGCCGUUCAAACCGAACGCGCCGCCUCAUCCUUGCAAGGCCCAACAGAUGACAGCGCAGCCCCAGUAGCAUUCUCCACGACACCUUCUCCUCCUCCUCCUCCUGCGCACGGCGCGACCAACCCAGGUAACACGACCGCGGCGCUCUUUGGAUCCACGGUCCCCGGCGAGAUUUCGAAAGUCGCUGUCGUGCAAGCAACACCGUCGCCAGCCACCAUCGCCGCAGAGCCGGCGCCCGUUACCCACGACGCACCGCGGCAGACGAGUUUCGGCGACACGUCCGACGAGACGUCCACCCUCGCGGCGCCCCGUACGCACGCGCCUCGUCGUCCGGGAAAUGAAGGCGGCCGCGGCGGCACCAGCUCGCCGCCUCCGAGCGUCCGUUCCGCGAGCACCGCCGGUCCGCAGCCGAACCACGACGCCGUUUCUCCGUCGUCGCGCACGGCCGGCGUCCUGGGGGGCGGCCCCCUCGACGCUCCCGCGCGAGCCGAGGGCACGACGAGCUCGCCCACCGUUUGGCGGGAGGAUUUGUCGACGGCGCACGAGCCCGGCCGGCGGCGUGGUGCGGGCGCAGGCGGGGACGAACGCACCUUCGUCACGACCGCAUCUCAAGGGCUGACGGGCUCAGAGCCGAGGCGAGAGAAUCAAGUCUCCAAUCCGUCCGGGAACGAUCCACCAGAUGCAACCCCUUCACAAACGCCCUCAGGAAAACCCGCUGUCGCAAACAACAUCGAUUCAACUUUUGGGAGCGAUCACGGCAAAAUGAUUGGUGUGACAACAGAGCCGUCCGCGAACGUCACGCCGUUACCCUCGCGAGCGGCGGCCGUCGCGAAAGCUGUGUCCGGAGACGAAGGAGCGCAGUCGUCGACGCAAGAGAUGGGAAGUUCUGACACAACUACCUCCGCUUCUUCCUCCGCUGGUUAUGAUGUCAAAAAGCUCAGCAAUGCUGCUGGGUCAGCGCCGGAGCUAGCCGAAGAGAACUUUCUGCCGAGCGAAUCCAGCGCCGUGGAAGUCACGGCAGCCAAAGACGAAACCACGGCGGUGGCGCACGGCAGCAGCGGGCGAGGUGGCGACGCGACCGAGGACGACGCCGGCGACGGCGUUGGCGGCGGAGCAACAAAGACGACGGAGUCCGUGGUCGGGGAAUCGAGCCGAGCCGACGCCGUGGCUCCGGAUCCGGAGUCGUACGCCUCUGGGGAGGAGCGGGAUGGCGAGACCAGCGCCGGCACGCUGCCCCCCGCGCCCUUAUCCCCCACGGGAGCGGAUCCCUCGGUGACGGGAAUCACUCAGGAGGAGGCCGGAAAGGCCGUCUUGGGCGACGAUCGUCAGUGGACCGACGCGCCGAGGAAAGGAGAAGAGAUUGUGCGGCAAUCGGAGAACGUGCUGGAGUCACUCCCCGCGAUUCACACCGAGGUCAUUGAGAGCGUGACCUCUAAGGAGCUCGACAUAGGGAACAUCAGCCACCAGCGCGGCGUGGACGUGGGGGGCAACGUCUUCGUGCCUCUGCUCGUCGUCUCGUCGCUCACCUUCCUCUGCCUCGUGCUGCUCAUCUCCGUGCUCAUCUACUGGAGAAAAUGCUUUCAAACGGCGCACUUUUACGUGGAGGACAACGACUCUCCCCGGGUGAUCCCUGCCAUCCCGCUCGCCGCGAUGCCAGAGGAGAUGGAGGGCAUUCCCGUGAAGCAGUUUCCCCGACACGUCGCCCGCCUCUACGCCGAUGGCCAGCGCGGCUUCGCGCAGGAGUUCGAGGAAAUACAGAGGAGCACAAUGGGGAACGGCGUGACGGCCGAUCAGACCAACCACCCGGAGAACAAGAGCAAGAACCGCUACAUCAACAUUGUGGCGUACGACCACUCGAGGGUGAAGCUGAGAGUGCUUUCUGGGAAAGACUCCAAGCAUAGCGAUUACAUCAACGCCAACUACAUCGAAGGCUACAACAAACCUCGAGCCUACAUAGCCACCCAGGGGCCCCUCAAGGGCACGUUCGAGGACUUCUGGAGAAUGGUGUGGGAGCAGAACGUGCGCGUGGUGGUGAUGAUCACCAACCUCGUGGAGAAAGGACGGCGGAAGUGCGACCAGUACUGGCCGUCGGACGGCAGCAGCGAGGAGUACGGCGGCGUGCUCGUCUCGCUCAAGAGCUCCAAGACGCUCGCCUUCUACACCGUGCGGCGCUUCGCGCUGCGCAACACCAAGCAGCGGCGGAGCGGUCAGCGUGGCGGUGGCGAGCGCGUGCUGCUGCAGUACCACUACACGCAGUGGCCCGACAUGGGCACGCCCGAGUACGCCCUGCCGCUGCUCACCUUCGUCAAGAAGUCGUCGGCCGCCCGGCUGCCCGACUCGGGCCCCGUGCUCGUGCACUGCAGUGCGGGCGUGGGGCGCACGGGGACCUACAUCGUGCUCGACUCGAUGCUGCAGCAGAUCCGCGACAAGGGCUCCGUGAGCGUCAUGGCCUUCCUGAAGCACAUCCGCAACCAGCGCAACUACCUGGUGCAGACCGAGGAGCAGUACGUGUUCAUACACGAGGCCCUGCUGGAGGCCAUCCAGGGCCGCGAGACGGAGGUGGCCUCCUCGAGCCUGCACGCCUACGUCAACGGAAUCCUCACGCCGGGGCCCUCGGGACUCACCCGCGUCGAGAAGCACUUCAAGCUAAUCCUGCAGAGCGGCUUGCAUUCAGACUUCACGAUCGCCCAGAAGCCAUUCAACCAAAACAAAAACCGCUCCACGGCCGUCUUGCCUGUGGAGUCGUCGCGAGUGGAGCUCGCCUCCCUGGGGGACGUCGAGGGCUCGGACUACAUCAACGCCUCCUACGUCAUGGGCUAUAGCAGCAGCACGGAGUACAUCAUGACUCAGCAUCCGCUGCCAAACACCACCAAGGACUUCUGGAGAAUGAUCUGGGACUACAACGUACAGCUCAUCAUCAUGCUCCCGGGACCUCACCAGGACAAGGACGGGGAGGAGUUUGCCUACUGGCCCCGGCGCGACCAAGCGAUGCACUGCGAAGGCUUCGGCGUGUCGCUCAUCAGCGAGGACCGGCUGUGUCUCUCCAGCGAGGAGCAAGUGGUUAUCCGGGAACUCAUCCUCGAGGCAACGCAGGACGACUACGUGCUCGAGGUGAAGCACUUCCAGUGCCCGCGGUGGCCCAACCCGGACGGCCCCAUCAGCAGCGUCUUCGAGCUCGUCAACAUCGUGGCGAAGGAGGCGCUGACGCGCGACGGCCCCACCGUCGUGCACGACCUGUUGGGCAGCUCAGUGGCCGGCACGUUCUGCGCCCUCGCCACGCUCUCGCGGCAGCUGGAGGAGGAGAACUCCGUGGACGUGUUCCAAGCGGCGCGCAUGAUCAACCUCAUGCGGCCCGGCGUCUUCUCCGAUGUCGAGCAGUACCAGUACCUGUACAAGGCGCUGCUGAGCCUGGUGAGCGCUCGCGAGAACAGCGGCAACGGCGUGAAGCCGGAGGGCCGCAACGGCGCGUCGGCCCUGCUGGAGGACGUCACGCCGGAGGAGAGCCUCGAGUCGCUCGUGUGACGACGACGCCCCCCGCGGGCGCCACCCCCCCAACCCCCCCCAACCCCCCCCCCAACCCCCCCCGUAUCCUUCCGCACCGGCGCGCGUGCGCUCAGCCGUGACGGUUUGGAGCACGGCGCGCCCGCACCACUCCGGUGCGUGGAUGCGGCCGCGACUCGUUAAUCUCUCUCUACGUUUGAAGUAGCCGGAAGACUAGGAUAAGCACGUGAGCAGUCGUCGCGGCCGUAGCGAGAGUAUACUAGAUGCGGUGUGCCGGGUACAGACGUGACCCGGUGAGGGUAGUUGGAUGCAUUGGGUGUGGCACUUGCGCAGCGUGGAGGUGGGCAGGCUGCCGAGGUUGACACGUUCGCGUAGCUGGGUGUCGACCGCAACAGUUGCGUGGUCUGGCAGAAGAGAAGAAGCGAUGGGCGGCGCGGUCGUGUCGGCAGAGUUGGCCGCGGUAAACCCCUCGACCAUGACCGCGCGCCCCAAUCACACGGAGCGAGCGGGAGCUCAUCAUGGCCAUCUCAAUCAUCGGCCGUGAUUUAUCCACUGCUGGAUGAAGGCCUCCCCCAAAUCCACGGCCAUCCUUCAUGGUCGCGGAGAUUGCAACCGUCCGCCCGCCACCUGCACGCCAGCCGAUAUACAGCGCGUUGUCAUCGUCAUUGUUGUCAUCGUCGUCAUCGUCGUCAUCAUCGUCGUCGUCAUUGUUGUCAUAGUCGUCAUCGUCGUCGUCAUCGUCAUCAUCGUCGUCAUCGUCGUCGGUGCUCUGCAGGGAUGAGAUGGGCACCAGGGUGGUGAAACGUCAAAACGGUUGCCCCCCCGCAGAGAGAUGCCAACAGAGAAGGAUGGCCCCGAGGCUCGUUCGACCAGGCGCACUCCGCUUUGGUCCUUUCAUUUUCAAGCGCAGCAGCGUCACGUUUACUCGACAGUCUUUAAUAUUAAACGAUAUUAUUACGGCAAUAUUUUACGUUUAAAAAAUAUAUAUACAUUUUUGGCCGGGUUGACUUUGUCUUAAGGCCUUGUAAACUGGAGUCCAUAUGAAAUCAGCAAACUCCUUCUGGGGUCACAUCAGUCGGCUUCUCGCCCAGCAGUAGACAGCGCUGUGCUGCCAACAGAAUGUUGAACAGAAUGUUCGCAGCACCUCGUUCGUCGUGCUCUCCCCUCCGUGCUCUCCCACGUGCCAUCAUCCUGACACGCCUCACCGUUGCACCAUUUCAACUCCCUGUCUGCCACACGCGCCGAGUGGCAUCUGUCGUAUUAUCUUGCGGCCGUUCCGUAAUUCAGGUCAGCGAUGAGAGAGCGAGAGAGAGACAUCCGCAGGACACCGCGUUCUCAUUCUCCACGCUGAUUAGAUCAUUGCAGCCAAGCGAUCGUAACGAGCGACACAAAUAACAAGUAACAAUUACGUACGGUGCUUGCGAUGGCUCGACUAACGACCCGCAGAGUUCUUAACGAGAUGCUAUCGACAUUCUUUUAAAAUGUCUCGCGCGGUACGAGCCCUCGUUGCCCUUGGAACUCGCCGGCGUGGCAUCGAUGCGGUCCAUCGCACUGCCAUCCCUGGUGGCCACUGUGUGAUGCCAUCGUGCACAUACCAUUUGGGUUCCGAUCGCAUCUUGAAGCAGAACGCUUUUCGGAAAAUUUCACAGAGAGGAGUGGGAUGUGGGCAUCCUGGGAAACAGAGGGCUAAUUUUGUUCAUGUUUUUAUUGAAAGAGAUUAACUCGGAGGAAGACAUAGAAAAGGUCUUUGAGCCUGGAUGUCACCAAGGGCAGGGAGCCCACAGCACUGACGGCUGGGUAAGGAAGCUCCAGACUGAGGACAACAGAGACAAACACCUGUUAAAAGGUUGGCUUCAGCCAGUAAAUGUUAACAGACAUUUAACGAUGUAUUCCUUGAUAUAAUGUAAUCGGCAUUUUGUUUAUAUCAAGCCAGAGGAUUACUCCCUGUUGUCGGUUUUAACGUUAAACCCAGAGGCGUCGGUUAUUCACAGCGCGUGGAGCAUACGCAGGAGAACGUUGUUACAGAGUAGAUCGCUUCAAUCGAUUCCUGCUGCAAAUGACGCAAAUUAUUUUAGCGAUUGUCCGUCGCACUUUAAUUUGGCCGUGAUUACAUUUUGCUUUACACAAAUUCCAGCAAGGGCUUUGUCAGCUAUAACAGUGCCCCCCCCCCCGCCCAACUCUGGAUUACGAUCAGCGGAAUGAAGCGACGGUCCGAUUCUGGCUUAAUUUGCCGACGGCCGGUACUGUGCUUGAUAAAUAAUUGGUCAUGGCCGAGGGGUUUCCUGGUGAGAAGAUUCGUUGAGUCACAGCGCCGCGGCCUGCUCGUUUGUGCCGAGCCUCCUAACGAGGUCACCAUUUUCUGGGGCGUUUUUUCUUUUUUUCCAAUGGAGCGUCGUUUUAAUUGGCGCGAGAAGGCACCCGCAAAGAAUCGUGCCCCGACGAAGGUUUACUCUACGCUUCUCUCGUCGCUUCCUUAACGACACAUUUGGCAGCCUUUUGCGAAAAAAGCCGAAAUGGGAUUGGCCGACAUCCAGGAGCCGGUCGUCUCUUUGUUUUUUUGAGAUUCAUUAAACAUCAACCGAUGCGCCCAGAUACAAACGAAAAAAAUAUAUCCAUAAUAUAGGUUUUUUUUGGGGUUAGAUCGCGUAAAUAUAAAGGUUUGCUGUACUCGUAACGAAUUGGCAUGUUCUGUUUACGUGACAAAUCUUACUAAUUGGUGGGGGCGGGUUUAACGACACAUUUAUAUUCACGCGAUCUAACCCCCCCAAAAAACCUAUUGUAUGGAUGAAAGCCCCCGUGUGAAAAAAACAAACGCAAUUAUAAUUUGCAAAGUUAACAAAAGUGGACAUAAAGGCGGUUCGACUGCGGUCACAGCCCAGACUGCAGGGCACGAUGCGGCGUCUUCGCUGUGUCCGCUGCACCUUCGUAUUGCUGAGCCGUCUCUUGUGGGGGGGUAAUCGCGGCACGUCAAGACUGCACGUGGUCGAGUAGCAACCCCCCCCCCCGCCACCGGUCAUAACAUGAAACGUGGACACCGGCGAGCGUCUUGAGGGCCCACUUUCACGAGCUUUGCCAAAACACGCGCACAGGUCGGUCGUUUUCAAGCCAUGUACGUACCUUGAACUUCUUUCGCACCGUACGUAGCCGACCCUGCUGAUCGGAGGUGCGGGAGAAGGACGAGAAACUGGACACAAAAAAACAGUUCGGGUGGAAUUAGUUUUCAAUCUGCCAUACGGAGCGGAGUGAUGAUGAUGAUGAUGCUGCUGCUGCGUACAAGUUUGCAUAUCGAGGUGGUGGGAGCAAAGGCCAGUGCACCCAUUAAAAGUCCAACAUCGGUAAAGUUGAGGUAUGGUGGACAACACGCACACCGCAAGAUAUUUGUUCAAUCGUUCGAGUCAUCCUUAAUGUGAACUUUUAACGCUUUUGUUUUUACUAACGAUAUAAAUUCUCUCGUAGUCAGCCACCUUUUAUAUUGUGAGUAAACCUUUGCUUGCUGCAGUGUUCUACUAAAGAUUAACGAUGGUAAGUGAAUCUCACGGUAAAGUAACCAAUGCAUGCCGUUUGAAUGUGAAAAAGCUAAAUAUUUUAUAUAGUAUACUGGCUUGGAAUGGAGGAAAGAACACGUUUUGGAACCUCCUAAUGGAAAUGGUUGGAAUGAACAGAAUGCCGAAACGUUAUAACGUCCGUGCAACGAUAUCCCUUCAGAUAGGGUAUGCGUUGUAUGGAACUUAUACGUUAGGGCUACAGUACAACCUUGGGGGACAAUGAUUCCACAUUCACAGACAAGUGGGAGAGGUACAGCUUUGCUUCAGUUCAACGUCACUUAUUUACUCGCAACUCUCGACACGGUUGUGUGCAAGUCGCUUUAUUCAGAAUCAGAAGAAUGAGAAUCGCGAGUUUAUUUCCCGCUCAGGCCCGUUGAAGACGGCGAACUGAGUAACGCGAGCAAACUGGAGCAAGCGUGGAAGCAACUGGGAGUAGUAUCGAACCCAAAGAGAUUCUCGAGUAACAUCACGGACAGAGGCAACGGGAAGGCCAUGAUCGCCCACGUCUUUGAGAAAGCGCGUGGCUCACAGAGAGACAGAGAGAGAACGGAGAGACACGGAGAGAGAGACAGAGCCGUUGAGCCAUGAGCUCUUCUUUUGAGGGCAGCUCGGCCAGCAGACAGCGGCGGCGUUAUGGAGCUACGACAAACAGCCGUGCCUGAGUGAGCGAGUCAGUGAGUGAGUGCCUGAGUAAGUGGGUGAGCGAGUGCCUGAGUAAGUGAGUGCGUCAGUGAGUGAGUGCGUGAUUGAGUGCGUCAGUGAGUGAGUGUGUGAGUGGGUGAGUGCGUCAGUGAGUGAGUGCCUGAGUGAGUGAGUGCGUCAGUGAGUGAGUGCCUGAGUAAGUGAGUGCGUGAUUGAGUGCGUCAGUGAGUGAGUGCAUGAGUGAGUGAGUGCGUCAGUGAGUGAGUGUGUGUGUCAGUAAGUGAGUGGGUGCGUCAGCGAGUGAGCGAGUGUGUCAGUGAGUGAGUGGGUGCGUGCGUUGUCAUUCGUCUCCACGACGGGGGCAUUCCACCGGCUUGCACAACCGGCGCUCCCCAUCGGGUCUGUUGGCUAAGGGGUGUGAAUUGAAGCCAUCGGCAUCGCAAAUUUGCAAUCGAACCGGUGGUCAACGGGUGAACGCGCGCGGCAAGAGAGAGAAGUCGUUCCCUGAAUUGCGGCAGGGCCUUCUCCGUUGGAUUGGAAACAAUUCGCGUGUUCGCAAACGUCGGGAAUUAUUUGGCACGGGUCCGUUUGCCUCGGGGCACCGGUCAGCUUUGUUGGACGGCAGCGUUGCUGUGGACAGCUCAGAGCUCUUUCACAGCUUUCGCAGAACUGCAAUGCGAUGACAUUAAAAACUUGGAGCGCCACGGGGAAAAGUCACAUCGCUAGCCACUGUGUGCAUAUAUACACACACGUGAUAAUGCGACGGCUCUGUUGAAUUAAUUUUUCCCCAUUUAAGUGCACAAUUUAAUCCGAUUAGAAUUUGCAGCUUGAGCAAUCGAGCUGCACGCGCGCGCCACGAAUGUCCUCAUCGGAAAAUGAACCCCGCCGCAUUUCUCCUCCUGAGCCUCGUGGCUUUUAUUUUCCAUCUCCCCGGCUCCAUUCCAAAAACGGCGCACGGCAACCCGCACGGAUUGUCCCCGAUGAGGCGGCGUGAAGGGAGUUCAGUUGCAUUUCGUGCCCGAAAAAAACACAAAAACGACUUUAGCAGUCCCGCCGAAUUGACGCCAUCCGCUGGGGACUCGAAGGAAAUUCAUGAGAGCGCAUGUACCUUACGUUCAUUUGUUUUGUUAAAUAGAAAGCCAAUUGUGAAAAUUCGCACCCAAAACAUCCGCCGCCGCUUGGCAGGGCCGAGGCACUGCACCUCGAGAGUGCCAAUGUUACGUAGGCAAAUAAAUAAGUGGCCGUGAACGAGUUGAUCUUAAUUAAAAGUGUAAAAGCUAAACAAUUGUCCGCACACCGGUCUGCCGUGUCUUCGAGUUAUGUCGCGUGUCGCGGACCUAAAGAGAUGCAACUCCGAUUGGCACGGUCGGCUACGUACGGUGUGAAAAAAGUUCAACAUCCAUACAACCCCCGAAAGCCAUCGGGGAGGGCCGUACCCUGCGCUCCGUGACGAGUCCACUGCGACGGAAUAGAUUGAGCUGAAGCAAAGCUUUUAGUCGGCCGCGGGUUAACAGGAGAGACGCGGGCAGGUCAAUGGGCCGAGGCAAAGUGUCGCUUUUUCUGCUGCGCCUGUGGACGUCGAUGCCGCCGUCUUCUGCCGAGUAUCCGACUCGCGAAACACGACUGUGGGAGCGGAGAAGUUGUGGGCUCGACAGAAUGUCGAGUCGUGAAUGCGAACCGAGCCCAGUAUUUUGAGAGCGUUGAAGGUGGAUUUGAUGCGAAAGGUCAAAGGCGCUUUUUCUACGUCGAUUCUAAAAUGCCCCCCUAGAAAUACUCCCCCAAACGGAAGAGUCACGUGGUCGUGGGUGACAGGCAUUGGAAACUGCAUUCGCGGAAUUAAAUAUUUUAAAAUACGAAAAUAGCAACGUGUUCCAAAACUGUCAUUUUAAUUUCAGUAUUUUAUAUAACAAAAAAACAAGAGUCUAUAUGAGAUGAUUGCUUUAAGUAUGUUUAACAGACUAGCAUUUUGUCACUGGCAAGCUGUAAAUAUGUACCAUGGGUAGACAGUCGAUAAAAAUAGACAUUUUGUAUUUAUAGUCAUAGAAUAUCGUAUUUUGCUAUUUAAAAAGGAGAAAAAAAAUGUUUUGUGAUGAUUAAACAACACAUUUAUACGUUGCGUUUUUCUAUUCGUGAAGUUAACAUUUGCGACUUAUUAAGCCGGUGGCGUCUGUACGGUGAUGCGAUUGUUUACCACAUUUUUACAAUUACUUGACUGCACACAUGCCUAACUGUUUUUAACCCGUUUGAAAUGCCAUUUUUACUACUAUAUUUAUUAGACUACAGUGAUGUUUUCGGAAAGAAAAAAAAAACCCUACUUGGCUGUGUUUGUCUUGAAGUAAAGUAUUUCCCACUGGGAUUACAUUCUGGAUACAUCAUUAUCCGUGUAGUACAAGCUCAAAAAUAAACACAAUAAAAUGAAAAUAACAACA